AUGGCGGUGGACGCCCUCGACGUGCCACCUCUAGCCAUCAUCCCACCAACCCGCAAGGUGUCGAAGGCAAGAGGAGGGUUGGUCGACCUUCACCCUUGCCUUGCCACCGCCACGCUCUCGCUCCAUCCCGCGCAAUCUGUCUCCGAGAAAGACCCUGACCAAGGUCCCACCAAGGGGGUGGAAAUCCCUGAUUGCUUGCCCCGCAACAAGGACCGAGGGGAAUUCCAAAUGGUGCUCAUCAUCGAGUCGGGUGAUGUGUCAAGCGCCGAAUAUUCCAUGUCCAGCACCCCAUCAACGCCCAUGAUUUUGAAGACACACAAGCUCGUCGGUGGUGGGCCCAGGAAAGGAAAGGUGUUCGUCCCUCCGACCCCACCCGACGAACGUAGGGUGACAUGGGAAUCUCUAGAUUCCGUAAGCUCGCCUAAAACAAUCCGGCGGACAAGCAACCCUUUGUCCAUCAAUGGAUCACAGGGAUGUUUUGAGGGUGAAGAGCCCAAUGAAAAGACCGAUUACGAGAGGCUCCUUGGUGUAGUUGCUAGGCUUAAGAAUAAUAACAUAGCCCUGCAAGAGCUUGUGGCGGAGUUGAAAACGGCCAACUUUGAUUUAGAAGAGAACUUUUGCUCUCUCCGUCUUAGCACCAAUGCGAAGCUUGCUCACAUUGCGAAGGCCAUAGGGAAGGAGGAUAUCCUCACUCCACCAUCACCAUGA